GGCGGCCCCGCCCGUCCCGUGCCGGACUACAAGUCCCAGAGGGCGGCGGGACCGUGCCGGUUCCCGGGAGCGGCGGCCGGAGCGGCGGGCCCUGGGCCGGUCCCCGCCCGGGACGGGGCUGUUCGCAUGACCCCCGCGUCCCACCCUCGGGGGCCGAGGUCGAGCGAGAUCGUCCCGCCAUGGCGGCGGGGAGCGGGGGAGCGGGAGCCUCCGCUCGGGAGCACCGGCUGGAGCCCGGGGACACGCUGCCGGGGCUGGCGCUGCGCUACGGCGUGACGAUGGAGCAGAUCAAACGUGCCAACCGCCUCUACACCUCGGACACCAUCUUCCUCAAGCCCACCCUCCUCAUCCCCUCGCCGGCGCGGCCGGGGGAGCCCUGCCCCGAGGACAAGGAUGAGGACAAGGACGAGGCCACCCCGGUCCCCCCGGGGGCCGCUCCCGCCCCUUCCCGCCACGACCUCUCGGCCAGCGACUUCCUGCGGCGGCUGGACGCCGAGAUCGGCCGCUCGAAGGCGGCGGCGGCGGCGGCGGCGGCGGCGGCUCCGCGGCUCCGCGCCGGCGGCUCGGGCACGGCCGAGACCGAAGGCUCCCGGAGCGGCGAGACCGGGGUCCCACCGCCCCCCCGGGGCCCUCGCCUCGGCCCCCGGCCCCUCACCAGGACCCCGCGGGCAGCCGCCCUGCGCGAUGCCGAGGAUGAGAUCUUCACUCUGUGACGCCGCGGG